GAGAUGUUCUUGUGGACAGUAUAAUCUCGGAAAUCCCAGACCUGUCGGGAAGCAUUGUUCAUAUGGGAGGCAGGCAACCUCGUGGGAUUAAGGACAGACCAUUCCUCCCCAUAGCAACUAUGCAUAUAAGUCAUUCCAGAACCAACAACUCCCCCCCAAAAACAAGCUCAAUCAAUCACCCAGAAGAUUUACAUUUACAGAAUUUUCACUUUAGUCAUCGACUUAGUGACUUCUUGUCAUUGAGUGAAAACUGACCAACAAACAUGCUUCAAACAGACCCUGAGUUCACUAAAACACGAUGGAUCUGUACAGUCGUAGGACUGGGCUUUUACCUGGUGGACAUUGUGACAGAUGUGGGACUAGCAGUGAAGUACUUCCUGGUCGGAGACCUGGUCUGGGCUGGACUGACUCUAGUCUCUGUGGCGGUCUCAUCGGCAGCCACACAGGUCUUCAGCUACACCUGGUACAGAGAUGACAUGAGAAAACCCCUUGUUAACCCUGGUGGAGAUGGGCUGAUAUCUUGUAUGAAUAGAGGAGGACUGAUUGGACUCCAUGUCAUGCAGACGGGCAUCUUUACCAGGUACUACGACCUGUUGAAGGUGGGAUACAGGGCGGUGUUUUCCAAGCCUCUUGGGCCUGUUGAAUGCCCCAGAGAUGUGCACCUGGCCCUGUUUGGCCGAGCGACUGAUCUGAGCAUGCUCAAACUGUUUGAGACGUUCCUUGAGAGCGUUCCACAGCUAGUCCUCCAACUCUACAUUAUGCUGGGUCACGGACACAGGUCCAUACUACAAUGCAUCUGCAUGGUGGGCUCAUUCAUCAACAUCGCCUGGGCUAUAGUGGACUACCGCCGGUGUCUCCGCCGAUCCUUACCCCAGGUCCGAGAGAUGCCUUCUGGCCUCCCUACCUUCGUCUACCUCCUGUACAAGCUGUUGACCAUCACCUCUCACAUCCUCAGCCUCAGCCUCUUCCUCAUCCUCAGCCCCUACAGUACCCUGGGAAUGGCUGUCGUCUGGCUGGCUGGAACCGUCUGGGCCCAUUGGGUCCGUACGGACUUCUGCACGUCUAAAGGUCUAGAGAGGCUCUAUCGGAUCAUCGUGGGAGUCGUCCUCAUAUUCACAUUCUUUAACGUGAAAGGACAGGAUGCCAGUUGGCCGAUGGCUGUGUACUACGUUCUCUUUGCGUUAGUGAACCUCUCUUGUCCUUUGCUGCUGGUUCUGGUGAGGCCAGAGGUUAACGCUACUGAGUACUUUUGGCCGGUGACUCUGCUGAUAUUUGGAGGGACCGUUCUAGGGCUGGCCUGUCUGGUCCUGUAUUAUACUGUCUGCCAUCCCAGAGGGAGGAGUCUACAGGCAGAUGAGUUGGAUGGACACAUGGGACAGGAGAGAGAAACAGAGAUGCCAGACAACAUGGUGAGAAUUAGGAACUUCCUACAGCUCUGAGCCUCGUCUUCCUAUUUGCCGCUUUGAUUCGAUGGACGAGUUAAAAUGGCAGUCAGGCGUUCGAAAAACAAAGUGGACACCCAGACACUUUGUUUUGGUACACAGCUGAGGGAUGGGUAGGAGAAACAGAGCUACUAAGACAAACUCUGUUUGUUGGACUGCCUGGUUGGUGAACUCUGACUGUCAUCCUUUUGGUUAUUAAGUCACUGCAACCUUCUCUUAUCAGUUGUCUUUACAGUACGCUGCAGUCAUACAGCU